UAUUUUACUCGUGUUAACCCUUUACCUGGUCCUUUCCCAUUCCCAUUUAUCGGAAACGUACCUCAAUUCGCAUUAUAUUGUAGAGGAGAUUUAAAAGAAUUUUUCGAAUAUAAUCAAAAGAAAUAUGGUGAUAUAUAUGAACUUUUUAUGGGAGGUCGACGUAUAAUUCUCAGUCGAUCGGAAUAUGUUGAAAAACUUUUGUCACCAAAGAGUCAACAUAUGGUGAGAUUUCCUUACACCCAAGGAUUGGAUGAAUUAGGAAUGAUGGGAAGAGGUUUAAUUGCCAAUCAUGAUUUGAGAUCAUGGAGUUACAAUCGUCACUUCUUUACUCAAGCUAUAUUGGCACCGAAAUUUACAAAGAAAGCUAUUGAUUGGUCGAAUGAUCUUUUCAAUGAAUUGGAAAGUUAUUGGAACAAGUUAUACCUAAAAGAUGAUGAUCAAAAUAAAUUGGAUUGUUCUGCAUGGUUUAAUAGAUAUACAAAUGAUAUGAUCAUCGCGUUAACAACUGGUGAAAGAUCUUAUAGGAUGGCAUCAUAUUUUAAUACUCAAGGUGAUGAAAAAGCCGAAUAUCAGCAAUCGUUGAUCGAUGACUCUGAGAAUUUCAUUCAAGCUUUUCGUAAACAAAUUUUAGAAGCUCCAAUAUUCCUUAUUAUUCCUCCUUUCAUCAGGCAUUACGUUCCAUUUUUUAAGAGUAAGUCAGACGCUAUACUUAGAAACGUUGAAUUUAUCUAUCAAAAAUUAGAAUCGAUCAUUAAAAAGCGCAGACAAGAAAUUGAAAAUACAUCUCUGGAUAAACCUUUAUCACAUGAUAUGUUGACCUCGUUGAUCACUGCGAAUACUUCUCGUGACAUUAAUCAUGUUGAAACUGUCGAGGGUGAAGUCAUGAACUUACCUAUGACUGACCUUGAAAUUCGUAAUGUUAUGUUUGACACUUUUCUUGGUGGAACCCUAAAAACCGCGAAUUUGCUUUCAUUCAUCAUAUACCAUGUCGCAAGUAAUCCGGACGUAAAAAAGAAAAUGUUCGAAGAAAUUGAUGGUGUGUUCCAAGGUGAUAAAACACGUUCAAUCACCGAAGAUGAUUACGAAAAACUAAAAUACUGUGAAGCAAUUAUAAAAGAAGUUGAUCGCGUUCUUCCAGUUUUAAAUACUGUAGCAAGAUAUAGUCAAGAACCUGAUGAAAUAGCGGGUUAUAAGUGGCCAGCGGGUACAAUGUUUCAUGUGAAUACUGCUUCUAUUCAUAAGAAUAAAGAUUAUUGGGAAGAACCUGAAAGAUUUAAUCCUGAUAGAUGGAUGAUUAAAGAUUUUGAACCAAAGAAAUUUUCUUUUAUUAUGUUUGGUGGAGGUUUAAGGAUCUGUCCGGGAAGAAAGUUGGCAAUGAUUGAAAUGAUUUGUUUGAUGGCCUUGUUGUAUAGAAAGUUUGAUAUUGAUUUGAUAGAUAAGAAUUCCCCUUUAAAAACCGUGUCCUCUGCUUUAAUAAUUUGUCCCGAAUUGUUGGUUAAA